AUAAAAUUCUAAAUUCUUGAUGAUGUCUACUGGUCAGUGUUAAGGCUGCAUCUGUCUUUUGCUCUACAAAACAAAGAACAAACCGCCUUCGUAUCAACACAGACUUCAGUGUGAAACUUCUCCAGAGCGUCCUCCGGUUUACGUGUUCUCUAGAAAAGCUGAAAGACUCGCGCAGCCCAGCCAGGAGACGCCAAAUUGUCGAAGAAAUUAGACAACACUCGCAGACUCGACCUCUGAAGAAAAUGUCCUGUUGGUUAAGGAAAGAGACUCUGAUGCUGGCAGAAGACUACAUCGACUUCUGCAUCGGGAAACAGCAGAUGCCUCCCAGCAAGUCGGCCGAGGCCAUGCGCCGUGUGGCGAAGGAUCUGGAGCUCCAGUACAAGACCAAGUUCCUGUCUAUGUCGCACACGUUCCUGGCGACGUGCGGCUUGAAAUCGGACCGGAGCACCUGUCUGCGCAGCAUCAUGACCUUGCUGGUGGAGGACGGAAAGCUGAACUGGGGAAGAAUCGUCUCGCUGUUCGCUUUCACGGGCGUCGUCGCCACCAAGAUGUCCUCCAGAGGAGACGGAGUGGAGAGCUGCAGGAAGCUCGCCGAGACCAUCGCUGAUUACCUGGUCAAAGAGAAGAGCGACUGGCUGCUGGAGAACGGAGGCUGGGACGGCUUCUGCAGGUUCUUCAGCAGCACCGAUCACGUCAGUUACGAUUCGUCCAUGAAGACGGCGCUGUUCGCGGCCGCGGGAGUCGGCUUGGCUGGACUGACCUUCCUCCUAGUGCGCUGAGCCACACGUCCCAGUGUCCUCGUUCUCGCCGCCACUUUCUGUUUUAAACUCCGAGGGAAAAGCUCGAGUUCUCAGACGAACUAUUUCUUACACCUUCAUGCAUCUUAAUUAUGGCUUAGAGAUCAUUAAAAAUCACUCCUGAAAUUCA